CUAGACAUUAAUAUAUAUACCAAAUUAGUGUUAUAUCAUCAAUAACAAUAUCUACUCUUUUUCCUCCAACAUGCUUUGGACAGCAAAAAGCUGAGACAUUGCAUAUAUAGGAAAGAAGGGCUCUCAGUCUUUUCAGUGCAUGCGCUAAACAUAUGGUUUGUGAUAAUGAAUAUUAUAAUGGACGGACGGACAACAUGAAUCUCAGCGGAAUAAUCCUAAUUUCUCCAUCAUUAAUCCUCUACGUACCUUCAAAGUUCAAACCAUCCCCAUUAAAAAAUUAGCAUGUGCUCUUACUGCUCUAGCUUCAACCUCGAUUUUUAAUCCAACUUUUACUUUCUGGUGUAAUUGGGUAGUACUAGAUGGCACCCCAGAAUAUCAUCCAAUGUUUACAAAAGCUUUAGGGCUACUGCAGUGUUGGCCUGGGUGUUCGAGUUUAUCACACUGACCAUGGAGCUUCUUGGUGAUAAUACUGAUCGUUUUGACAAAUUUGCUGCCAUCUUUUCUAACCAUGGACAGUUGCUUCUUCUCCUUAUGGGAUGUCCACGUAAAUAAAAUUUAAAGACACAAACUUGGCAUUUGGAGGCAGUGGGUACUGCUAUUUCUGGCUUAUUCAUGAAAAUGGGCAACCAAGUUGGGCGCCCGACAUUGUAUGCGACUAAUUUUGCUCCUGUGUCUUUGUCAUAUGCCACUUCGGCGUUGCUGUUUUGGAUUUUGUUUAUAGGGGACAUGGAUCCACGUACGUGUUUGCCCUGGUUGCUUUUGUCUUGGCCACCUUGGCCCUUGAUCCCUACCCAAGCACAUCAUCCAUGGUUUCCAGCAAGUCAGUUGCCUCCUCAGCAAGCAGAGACUACUGUCGAACCAUAUGCGACGGCCGAAACUGCUCGACAGCGUGAAAACAAUGCAGUUGAGGUCGAAAAUCCGGUCUUAGCCUCUUUGUCAUCUCCAGCCCAAAGUAUGGACAAGCUUGAGAGCGAGAUUCAUUGCCUUCAAUCUCGCUUGGGGUUGCUUAGGAGUAUUCUGCACAAUGCUAAGCUGGAGGCAGGAGGUCAUGAACCACAUACGGAACAGAACUAAGCUAGCUGUGGAAGGCGUAGCUGGAUGACAAUGAACUGCAUGCUCUUGUCUAUAUAUAUUUUCAUUUUGUACUCCUUAUUUUGGCCUGUACCUUGUAGUUAAUGCUAACUUGCCAAUAUUGUUGUACAGUAAUCUAUGAUGAACAUGCCUUGUGAUUAUAAACCGUGGUUCAGAAAGAUCUCGCUCUCUUCCAAUUUAGCUGGUUGUAGAUCUCUUCAUGGGUUAAUGUCUG